UAUACCAGCAAUGGGACUGACACUAACUGUAUGUGCGUGUGUGAUGCGAGUGUGUGGACAAUGGUUUCAAUCUGUGUAACAUGAUCCGCAUCCCCAUCGUGCUAUCCGCGCUUGCAGGACUCGCUCUUUUAUUUUCGCUAGCCGAUGGAUUGCAAUUGGCGCCUAUCCCUCCUCUAUACUAUUUGGACUCACUAUUCCGGCGCUGCCAUUUACUAAAAUUGAAAGAAGCGAGUAAUCAGAUAAACAUUCGCAUCACAGGGGAGUCGUUGAUCGACGAUAUACAACAACCUUGUUUAGGAGUUGGAUCGAUCGGAUACGACUCCAACCCCUGGUUUCGGAAAGGUACACACACGUAGUGAGGAUUUGCAGAGUAGCAACUGGCAGGUACAGUAGUAUAAAAAGAGCGGGAAAGGUUAGUUUGUU